UGUCAUAUGUUUCUAUCUAAUUAAUGCCUGCGUUAAAGAAAUCUACGGAACAACAUCCCCAUCGACUAGUAUUUUAAAGCGAUUGUUGUGGAGGCUUGAUUGCACCCCCUCUACUCGAAGCUACCCGUCGUUGAAGAGCUGUCUGGGCAUACAGCGUGUUCUGGACCUGUGAAGUGAGAAUGGACCCGCGGAAAGUGCAUGAGUUGAAGGCCUUCGUGAAGUUGUGCGACGAAAAUCCCUCCAUAUUGCACCUUCCCGAGCUCGGUUUCCUCCGGGCCUGGUUGCAAGGAAUGGGAGCUACAAUUCCACAAGCCCCCCAAAAUGACUCCUCAUGCAAGGGUGGGUGUCCAUGUGCUGGCGCUCCUCCCCCUGCCUCUGCUCCUGAGCCCCAUGCCCCCUCUGAGAGUGAGGAGAGUGAACUAGAGAUCGACCAAGAUGGGGUGAUUGAGCCAGACACAGACGAACCUCAGGAGAUGGGAGACUUUGAAAAUCUGGAGGUGACAGAGGAAAUGAUGGACCAGGCCAACGAGAAGAAGAUGGAAGCUAUCGAAGCGUUAGGAGAAGGUGACUUGCAAAAAGCCCUGGACCUCUUCACUGAAGCCAUCAAACUCAAUCCACGGGUAGCUAUCAUGUAUGCCAAGAGGGCUAGCGUCUACAUCCGGAUGCAGAAACCCAAUGCAGCUAAGCGGGACUGCGACAGAGCCAUUGACAUCAACCCAGAUUCUGCACAGCCCUACAAGUGGAGGGGGAAAGCUCACAAGUUGCUGGGGCACUGGGAGGAAGCAGCUAAGGACCUGGCCACUGCCUGCAAACUGGACUACGAUGAGGACGCCAGCGCUAUGCUGAAAGAGGUCCAGCCCAAGGCUAACAAAAUCAUUGAGCACCGGCGCAAGUAUGAGCGCAAGAGGGAGGAGCGAGAGAUCAAGGACAGGAAGGAGAGGGUAAAGAAAGCGAGGGAAGAGCAUGAGAAAGCUCAGAGGGAGGAGGAGGCUAGACAAGCAGCAGGAGGAGGUGGCUUCCCAGGUUUCCCAGGUGCUGGCGGUUUCCCAGGGGGUGCUGGCGGUUUCCCAGGGGGUGCUGGCGGUUUCCCAGGGGGUGCUGGCGGUUUCCCAGGGGGGGCUGGCGGUUUCCCAGGGGGGGCUGGCGGUUUCCCAGGGGGGGCUGGCGGUUUCCCAGGGGGGGCUGGCGGAUUCCCAGGGGGGGCUGGAGGCUCUCCUUUCGGCAUGCCUGGUCUGGGAGAGCUCUUUAACGACCCAGAGGUGCUCAACGCCAUGAAGGACCCUGAGGUGAUGGCAGCUUUCCAGGAUGUGGCUCAGAACCCAGCUAACAUCGCCAAGUACCAGGGUAACCCCAAGGUCAUGGCCCUCAUCACCAAGCUGAGCGCCAAGUUCGGGAGCCCUUCGCCCUAGAGGAGAGGAGGUGAAGAAAAAAGAGGGGCAAUUUAAAAAGAGGGGAGCGGGAAGAAGAACGAGUGGCAGGAGAGUAGCAAAUGGAUGUCAGGUGUUGGGAGAGCUAAAAAGCUUAUUUGAGAUUAUUCCACUGUGUAUGGAUCAAAUGGGUAAUGUUGAUUGGCAUAUGGGUAAAGAGGAGACUAGAGGCAUGCAGCAAGUUUUACACUAGACAAGGGUUUGUGGAGGGGGGGGGGGUCAACAGCAACUCUUAUACUGUAUGUUCUUAAAUGGAGCCCACCUAUUUGGGGCUGUUAGCUCUUAGUGGUUACUCAAGCCAACUCAUGGAUACUGAUGGGAACACUACUGGUUAAUGAUGGGGAAUCAAAACAGCCUGUCAGAGCCUUCUCAUUCAGAAUUCCCAUCAACUCCUCUUCCCACCCACCCCCAUCCCUUGUUGUUUUUUACCUGAAUCUGGAAUAGUCAAACAGGACUCACACAUUAGACACCAGCUCAGAGGAACAUUUUAGAGACAUUAUUAUAUGGAGUUGUCAUCUUCUGUGUUUUCUACUGAGCCAACCAAAUCAAUGGCUAUUUGUUUUCUAUCAGGAGUGGAUGUGGUAAAGCUAUUUACCUCAGGUUUUCUGUUUUACUCACUUUUACUGUAACGUACAUUAUUUUAAUGUCUGACUCUCCUUCCAAAUGCAAAAAAACAAGUAAUAUUACUAUUUUGUUUGAUUUUGAAACCACAAUGGAAAUAUCAAUUCGAAUCAAUAAAUAUUUGGUUGUUGCAAAU